AUGGCCGAACCAGCAACUAGAGCAAGCAUCCUCAAGCACUACUCAACCACCUACUAUAAUGCAGGUGUCUCCAUAGGAAUAGCUGAGCAUUCACGAGAUGUUCUCGCCGGAAUUCGAGCUAAUUGGAUUGAAAACAUCCUUAACAUGCCCGACACCAUCAGCGUCACAUUCGACGGAAUCUUCAAAGACGGCCACGGCAACAAAUGGGUUCGCGAAGGUGCCCUUGACAACAUAAACAUUGUUGUUCUUCUUGACCAUGUUUACAGUACUGGAAAGAAGUGGAAUGGAACCUUCAAACGUCAUCAUGAUAUUCAGUACACGUUGGAUUAUGAUGUGAGAGUCACCAGUGUUCCGCAGGAUGGCGUUGCUAUUGUUGCAGCGGAUUCAGGAGAUGAGGGGAAGAAUGAUGGGGAUGGUCCAUUUAUUUUUCCUGGGAUUGGUGAUUCUAAGGCUGGCAUUGACUAA